AUGGUGGACGAAGAAAAACAGGAAAAUUUAGCGAAUGCUCGACGAAAGUUGAAAAAAUUUCGAGAUCAACAACAACCAAAUCUACCCGAACCGAACGGAAAUGAUGUUCAUCCAUCUAAUACAUCACCCGUUGAUUCAAUGGUGCAUCAGAACAUGAUACCACAGAAUAUCCCGAACUUAAUGAAUGAACAACAAUUUCCUCUCAAUGGAGUUCAUCAAGGCAUACCACAACCUCCUAACACGAAUUUCGAAAGACAAUUAGAUCAACAACAUCAAUAUGGUGUAGUGAUUGAAAAUCCGAAACAAGACAAAAAUCAACGUUUGUCCAGUAACGGAAGUAACAUGUCUCGUCGGUCCAGUCAAACUUCAGUUGAUACCGAACAGAAACUACGUCGUGAUAACGAACAUUUACAAGAGCAACUUGAAAUGCAUAUGCAAACCAUAGGAAUCUUAGUUGCAGACAAAAGUGAUAUGUCAGCGAAGUUAACUCAAUCGUUUAAACAGUUGGAACGAAAACAGAGUGAAAUGGAUGAAUUGUACGGGCGUUUGAAAGCAUCGCGUGAACGCGUUCAAGAAUUGGAAAAAGAAAUUCAAAAUUCGACAUCAAAUGUACAAAAACGAGAAAUGGUUCGAAGCAUUUUGAUGACCAAAUUGAGUUUUAUUCAAGUUUUUCAGGCCGCGAAAGAAUCCGAUAAAGAAAAUGAUCGAUUGAAAAUCGAAAAUAUCCGACAAAGUCAAUUAAUCGAAGAUUUGAAACAAAACAUCAAUGAACUCAAUGGAAAACUUCACGAUCGACAAAUCAGUUUCGAUCAACUAAAUACCGAAUUGCAACAAUUGAAAAUCCAACCUCAAUUGAACACCGAAACAUCAGAGAUGGAACAGCGCAUCAAAGAUUUACAGCAAUCUAUCACAUUGAAAGAUACUCAGAUCGAAGAGCUUCAUUCAUCACUCAAUCGAAUUCGUUCCGAUAAUGAACAAUAUCAGAAGCAUAACGCUGACAUGCAAUACCAUAUUCAAGAUUUGACCAAUCAAAUUAAUCAAUUAACACAAGCGAAUAAAAUACUUCAAGAUGAACAAAAUGAAAUGAAAUUAAAUGAUCGAAGUUCUGUAGUUGAAUAUGAUACUCUUCAACAACAGAAUCAGUUAUUUCGGAAUGCGAUUGAUCAAUGGUCUAAUCGAUAUGAAGAUCUUCGAGUUAAAUUAGAACAAAUGACCAAAUUAAUGAAUGAAAAAGACGAACUGAUCGUUGAAUUAAAACAAUCGAAAGAUUCGCCAAGCGAAAACAACAACGAGGAAUAUACAAAUCUAAAAAAUCAACUUCAAAUUAUCGAAGAAUCGAACAAACAGUUGAAUGAACGUCUCGAACAGAUCCAAUCGAGAUCGAUUAAUCAACAAGAAACUCAGACUAACAAUGAAGUAAGAGUUUCACCACCACCACCAUCCGCAGACUCGAUUCUCAAUUCCGAAACUUCAACUCAACUUCUUGAAACUUACCAACAAGUUAUGCAUGAAAACAUUGGAUUGAAAGAUCAGAUUCAGCAUCUCGAACAUGUGAUUCUCCAAUUACAAAACGAAACGGACACCAUCGGUGAUUAUAUUCGUUUGUAUCAACAACAACGUGAACAACUUCACAAGCGUUAUCAAGAAAAGGAUGAUUGUAUUUCACAAUUGACACAAGACAAAUGUCAUUUACAGGAGAAAAUUUCACAGUUGGAAACGUUAAUGAUUCAAACUUUAAAUAUUCCAGUCAAUCAGUCGAACUCAAAUGGUCAAUUAGAGACAAGCCAUCAUUUAUUAUAUCAACUUAGUGAUGAGACGAAAGCACGGAUAUUAACGAUAAUCAAAGAAUUAGGACAGAAUAACAUUUCCAUCGUGCAAAAUAAGGAUUCAUCUGUCAAGUUAGCAUUUGUUGAUCAAAAUUUCUACAUAUGUUCGACGUGCUCAGGUGUUGUGCAACAGGUCUAA